UGAUGAAUUGCGAUUGGUCCAAACCUUCUAAAAGCUUCUUGCGACCUGCCCAGAAUGUCCAUACAUACCUUCGUCGGUUCCAAGACCUUGUUCCCACUGCGAAUUCAGAUCGGGUUGAAGGGAGCAAUGAGCUGGCUGCUUCUUUGCCACGCCCCCCAGUUUCUAGAUACAGGAAAGGAGAUCUCAAUUCUCAAGUAGGAAAUUGCAUACCAUUAGCAAAUCUACGUAUGGGAACAUGGGUACAUGAUAUUGAAUGUAAUCCAGGUCAAGGCGCAAAGCUAGUUCGAGCCGCAGGAACAUAUGCGAAAAUAAUCAAGGAGCCUGCCUCACUCUGUCUUGUGCAGCUACCUUCGGGUGUUUCCAAACAAAUAGAUUCCCGAUGCCGAGCUACAAUUGGUAUAGUUUCUAAUCCCAACCAUGGUGCACGUAAGCUUCGAAAAGCUGGACAAAGCCGGUGGUUAGGCAGACGCCCCAUUGUUCGUGGUGUUGCAAUGAAUCCAGUGGAUCAUCCUCAUGGAGGAGGUGAGGGGCGCACGAAAGGAGGUAGACCUUCGGUGUCACCUUGGGGGAAGCCAACCAAAGCAGGAUUUCGGGCAGUAUUGGGGGUUGGUCAAGUCAGAAUGUAGUUAAUCAUGCCACGACGAUCUCUAUGGAAGGGGAGUUUUCUUGAUGCUUUCCUGUUUAGAAUGAAGAAGAACAGAGAACAGAUUGAUAGCAGGAAAAUUUGGUCACGUAGAUCUUCUAUUUCGCCAGAAUUCGUUGAU